AUGCGGGAGAGACUAAUGUCUUACCGGGACUUUGCUAAGUCAACAGGAAGCUUGGAUGCUAAGAAAGUCUAUAGCGCUGCUAGAAAAACGUAUCAGUAUGAAAUAAGACAAGCUAAACUGAAGACAAAUGCUGCUUAUAUUGAGGGUGCUGCGAACAAGUGCUCUGCUGCCUGGAAGGUAAUUAGGCAGGAAAAGUUGGGUACAAAUAUAACGAAGGUUUCGGUUACACCGGAUAAAUUUAAUGAUUAUUUCCUCAGUGUUGCGGAAGAGGCUCUCAAGAAUGUUCAGGCUGCUCCCUUCAAUCCGAUAGACAUGGCCAGAAGAGCUAAUGCUCCAGUGGAAGACAUGAGGUGGACACCUAUAACGGUGGACCAGAUUCUGCACACGGUUGGGCGGAUGAAGGAAAGUAAAAGCAAGGACAUUUAUUCGUUAUCAAACAGCCUUAUAAAAUCAGUGGUUGGGUAUAUCUUGCUGCCUUUGAUGGCCUGCUUCAAUGCAUGUUUAAAUGAAGGUGUCUUUCCCGGAAAGUUAAAGGUUGCUCGGGUCACCCCAAUUUUUAAGAAGGGAGAUAGGUCACUGCCGGAGAGCUACAGGCCUGUUUCUAAUGUUCCCAUUUUUGGGAAGGUUUUUGAAUCUCUUAUUAAGUGUCAACUUCAAAGGUUUCUCGAGGAGGGUGGAUUGAUCUCGGAUGCCCAGUAUGGCUUUAGGAAGGGCCUUUCCACGGGUGCAGACAGGUUUUCCUCUUGA